AUGGUAAAGAAACUCUUCCUAGCCACCCUUGAGCGGAGUCACCGAAAGCUCACCCCAACCUUACCGCAGUCCUCCAUCCUCCGCCAAAUUGUUGCGGGCCCUCGACAGCAGCAUCCAGAGGCCGGAUUGGACCUGUGCUACGUGACUGAAAAUAGUACGACCAUCCGUCUGACCCUACCCACCUGCCUCGCCCCAUCGGGACCUAGGUUUCUAACGUUCAAACUAACGUGCCCUGCCUGCGCAGUCAUCGCAACCUCAGGCCCAUCCGCAACCUACCCACAACGCGCAUACCGCAACCCUCUAGAUGCACUUGUGAACUUCCUUGACUCGAAGCAUGGCACGAAUUGGUGUAUCUGGGAAUUCCGUGCCGAGGGCACUGGAUACCCGGACUCGGAGGUGUACGGGCGCAUCCACCACUUCCCCUGGCCAGACCACCACCCACCCCCCUUUGCGCUGAUCCCAAAUAUCAUGGGCAGCAUGCGGAACUGGCUGCACCGUCUGGAUGAAAAGGAUAAAUCAGAUACAGACGAGGGAGACGACAAGACCAAGAAGCGCGUCGCGGUCGUCCAUUGCAAGGCGGGUAAGGGCCGCAGCGGCACUGUUGCGACGGGAUACCUUAUCAGCCAGGAAGGGUGGAAGAAAGAAGACGCGCUGCGCCGCUUCACGGAGCGGCGCAUGCGGGCAAAUUUCGGGAAUGGCGUGAGCAUCCCGAGUCAGUUGCGGUAUGUUGAGUACAUUGACAGAUGGACGAACGAGCUCGGAAAGCAGUAUAUCGAGCGGCCGGUGGAAGUCCUCGAGAUUCACACCUGGGGGCUUCGCGACGGCGUCAAGGUUGCAGUGGAGGGGUAUGUGGAUGAAGGCAAGAAGAUCAAGUGCUUUCACCUGUUCCACCGCAAUGAGCGCACAGUGGUCGAGGCGGCGGAAACCCCAGCCACAUCGUCUACAUCCUCGAGCAAGGACCGAGGUAAUGGGGACGAUACGGGCAAAGAAGGGAAAUCCAAGACUUGGUCGCCGUCAGUCUCGCAGUCAGAUACUUCGAGCACGGCGUCUGAACUCACACGUCGCUCUACGACCUCGCCCAACAUGUCCGCCGUAAUUUUUCGCCCAGCCAAGCCGCUUGUUGUGGCCGGGUCGGACAUCAAUAUUGAUUUCGAGCGCCGCAGCAAGGCUUCCUACACUGGCUUUGCCAUGGUGACAUCUGUCGCGCAUGUUUGGUUCAAUGCGUUCUUUGAAGGCGGACAUGAACACGAUUCCGGUGUUUUCGAGACUGAAUGGGACGCAAUGGAUGGCAUCAAAGGCAGCGCAAAGAAAGGCAUCCGCGCAUUUGAGCGCCUCAAGGUUGUGUGGCGGUAUCCGUCCCUAGAGCAAGGCGCUGGAAUAGAUACAGCUGCGACGACCGGUAGACCUAUCAGCGAGCCAAAGCCAGGCGAGCCCAUCCAGGAAAGCCACCCUGCUGAUUGGCGAGGGAAAAAAUCAACGAACAAGCAAGAAAAUCUUCCACGAAGGACGACUACAGAUUUGGAAAAGGAGAGUUCACCAAUUACUACGGACUCACGUACUUCAGAUAAAACUUCCGAACCGGGGGGUGCCAGCACUGGUGGUAUCGGGUCGACUUUAUUAGCCGUUGGCGCUGGAUCUUUGCAUGAACUGGAACGGCAGCUGGGCCUACGCAAGCAAACAGAUGAAAGCAAAGAUGUGAGCUUGGCAGGCAGCGACAACGACGUACCAUCGACAACCGAUGAGGAGGGUCGAGCGAGGAGGGCUAAGACUGGGCAGCAGAAACCCGAAGGAAAUGGAGAUCUAGAAGGCGUGCAGUCAUACUUUAUGAAAACUGGAGGUGGUGAGGAUGAGAGCAAGACCCAGGCCGCUGUCUAG